UCUCAAGGAAAUUAUCAAGGCCCAGGCGACUUGCCUAUGGGGUCCGCAAAAGAACAGACCUUGAUGUGGCAACAAAAUUCCUAUAUGAAUGACUCAGGCAUCCAUUCUGGUGCCGUUACUCAGGCACCAUCUCUAUCGGGUAAGGAAGAUGAAGAAAUGGAAGGGGAUCAAUUGAUGUUUGAUCUGGACCAAGGAUUUGCACAGGGUUUUACACAGGAUCAAGUUGAUGAAAUGAACCAACAAUUGAGUCAUACUCGGUCGCAGCGUGUGCACGCUGCUAUGUUUCCUGAAACACUAGAGGAAGGUGUAGAGAUACCUUCUACACAAUUUGAUCCAGCACAGCCUACCGCUGUACAAAGAUUGGCUGAACCGAGUCAAAUGCUGAAGCAUGCUGUCGUCAAUUUGAUCAAUUAUCAGGAUGAUGCUGAUCUUGCUACGCGCGCUAUUCCCGAGUUAAUCAAGCUCUUAAAUGAUGAGGAUCAGGUGGUUGUAUCUCAAGCAGCUAUGAUGGUACAUCAGUUAUCUAAAAAAGAAGCUUCUCGCCAUGCUAUUAUGAACAGCUCGCAAAUGGUGGCUGCCUUAGUGCGUGCUAUCUCUAAUAGCGACGAUUUGGAAUCGACGAAGGCAGCGGUCGGUACCUUGCACAAUUUAUCACAUCACAGACAAGGCUUGCUAGCGAUUUUCAAGAGCGGUGGGAUUCCCGCACUUGUCAAAUUAUUAAGUUCUCCAGUAGAAUCCGUUCUGUUUUAUGCAAUAACAACUCUUCAUAACUUAUUGCUUCAUCAAGAUGGCUCCAAAAUGGCCGUACGUCUUGCCGGUGGUUUGCAGAAAAUGGUUGCUUUAUUGCAGCGGAACAAUGUCAAAUUUUUGGCUAUUGUUACUGAUUGCUUGCAAAUUCUAGCAUACGGAAAUCAGGAGAGCAAAUUAAUAAUUCUUGCUUCGCAAGGUCCAAUAGAACUUGUACGUAUAAUGCGCUCUUAUGAAUACGAGAAACUGUUAUGGACUACUUCGAGAGUAUUGAAAGUAUUGUCUGUAUGUCCGAGUAACAAGCCCGCGAUCGUAGAAGCAGGUGGCAUGCAAGCGCUUGCUAUGCAUCUCGCAAAUCCGAGUCAAAGAUUAGUGCAGAAUUGUUUAUGGACAUUACGUAAUCUAUCAGAUGCUGGCACAAAGGUUGAUGGACUUGAUAACUUGUUGCAGAGCCUCGUUCUUGUGCUUGGAUCAACAGAUGUGAACGUCGUUACUUGCGCGGCUGGCAUUUUAUCAAACUUGACCUGCAAUAAUCAGCGUAAUAAAGUAU